UGUGCUGUGUCCCUCAGACAAAGCGGAUCACUGAUCAUGGAAAAAGCCAAAGGGGACAUGUACACUGAUCAUCAGGGCACUGAUGAUCAGUGUGCCCUGAUGAUCAGUUUAGCCCCAGCAGUGCCACCUGUCAGUGUCCAUCAGUGCCUUGUGCCAGUGCUCGUCAGUGCCUCGUGCCAGUGUCCAUCAGGGCCACAUCAAUGCCACAUAUCAGCGUCUACCAGUGCACAUCAAUGCCACAUAUCAGUGCCCAUCUGAGCUGCCUUUCAGUGUCACCCAUCAGUGCCAGUCAUUGCCACCUAUCAGUGCGCAUCAGUGCUGCCUAUCAGUGCGCAUCAGUGCCUCCUGUCAGUGCCUGUCAUUGCCGCCUAUCAGUGACAGUCAGUGCCGCCUAACAGUGCCAGUCAGUGCCACCUAACAGUGCC